UGAGAGGUGAAGCACAUGUCUUUAAAGAACACAGCAGAGCAGACUGAGGCGAGAGUGCUCUGGACGCAGACCGCAGGGAGGAGAGCUUGUAGCUAGAGAAAGCGUGAUGUCAUCUCCUCCACUUCCUUCUUCCGGUGAAGGAGGAGGAAAAUGAGAAUGAAUCACUGUGAACGAGGCCAGCACCACCGAAAGGGGAAUAGCUAUCAGGAACCAGAGACUCACUCCUGUCUCCUCUGCCCCACUAAUUGAUGGACUCUGAGGUGACUGCUUUUGAAAGGGCGGUUGUGGGUUUGGCUGUGUCUCACUCGGCUUAGAAUAGUCAUCUCUUGAAGUUGUUAAUUUUCUCUUUCUUGCUUCCCAAAAUAGACCAAGUGCUGUUCUCUUUGCUGGACGUCACAACACGGGUGCUGAGAGGUGCUCCCUGUGGGGAACCCUAAGGGACACAAAAGGGAGUUGAAAAGACGCCUUCUGGGAUUAGCAGGACUCCAGAAGAAGAAAAGGGGGUCUUGCCAAGUUUUCUGAGGCUUGAAUAAAUUUUAAGUUCUUAGGAGGAGUAAGACAGAGCCUGGCUUAUUGGCCCAGGCCUGUGAUCCCAGCACUGUGGCGACUAGGGGUUUGAGAGCUCAAGGCCAGCUGGUUUCUUAGUGAAACCCUGUCUCAAACACACAAACUAAUAGAGAAAACAGAACAAGAGAGAAGUUUCAACCACAAGUUUGGGAGGAAGAUUUGAGGCUUUCUGGUCUUGAAGGAAGGUAGAGCUGAGAUCCAGGGGAAGCUGACUGUGAAGCCUCCUUUGAUGAUCUGCUCUGCUCUCAUCCCGUCCUUCAGAUGCUCUCUCUGUCUGUGAGAAGUGGUACAGCCCAAGCUGCUUAUUGCAGGCGGCUGCAUGUUUGGGAAUUCAUCUCAAGAAGAUAGAGAUCUCAUUCGACGCUGUAAAGAACACAGCAGGCCCUGCCUGCAUGGAAAGGCUUUCACCUACCUGCUUGUCUCACAGUGCAGCCACUGCCACCUCCCCGCCUUAUACCUCCCUCGUGUCCUUGUGUCCCUGUGUCCUCGAGUGGGAACAGCAAAGGGUUACCUCAUUUAUAGACGUUCUGAGGAUUUGCAAAGCUGAGAGGUGACCCUGAGAGGUGACCCUGAGAGGUGACCCUGAGAGAGGAGAUGAAGAGAUGAGGACAGGCUCUUCUAGCCUAGGCUUCUGUGUGGAUCGGCCCCAAGCCUUCUUGUUCCAGAGGCUUAGUGUGCAGGUCCUCCCACCGAGUGCCACUGAGGCCUGCACCCUCCCCUCUGUCCCCUGGUGGGCGAGUGCCUCAUUCAGCACUGCAAGUGCCAGCUUCAGUGUUGUAGGCAAAGCCGCAUUCCUGCCCGUCCCAGGAGGUCAGGGCUGGGUUAGGCUUGGGGGAGACAGUGGAGGAGCACCAACCAUCUGCUGUUCUUGUCAGUCAGAUAAAUAAAGGAUCGCAGAGUCCAGGGCUGCCGAGCUGCUGAGGCGCCAGAUUCAUCCAUGGUGAUUUCCUGUUGGUGGAGCACACUUGGGUGUGAGGCAAAUCCAGCGAAGCCAUCGCACCAGUGGGGACUGUGUGUUCUGCGUAGAUGAAAAGUGGGUGUGCGCCUGUGUAGUGCACAACUCUGCUGUGUGCAUGCACCAGCUGCCUACAGACCAACUACACCUGCGAAACAGAUGGGGCCUGCAUGGUCUCCAUCUUUAACCUGGAUGGCAUGGAGCACCACGUACGCACCUGCAUCCCCAAGGUGGAGCUUGUGCCUGCUGGGAAGCCCUUCUACUGCCUGAGUUCAGAGGACCUGCGCAACACGCACUGCUGCUAUAUUGACUUCUGCAACAAGAUUGACCUGAGGGUGCCCAGUGGACACCUCAAGGAGCCUGAGCACCCCUCCAUGUGGGGCCCUGUGGAGCUGGUCGGCAUCAUUGCCGGUCCUGUCUUCCUCCUCUUCCUCAUCAUCAUCAUCGUCUUCCUGGUCAUCAACUAUCAUCAGCGUGUCUACCACAACCGCCAAAGACUGGACAUGGAGGACCCCUCAUGUGAGAUGUGUCUCUCCAAAGACAAGACGCUCCAGGAUCUCGUCUACGAUCUCUCCACUUCAGGAUCGGGCUCAGGGUUACCCCUUUUUGUCCAGCGCACAGUGGCCCGAACCAUUGUUUUACAAGAGAUUAUCGGCAAGGGCCGGUUUGGGGAAGUAUGGCGUGGCCGCUGGAGGGGUGGUGAUGUGGCUGUGAAAAUCUUCUCUUCCCGUGAAGAGCGGUCGUGGUUCCGGGAGGCAGAGAUCUACCAGACUGUCAUGCUGCGCCAUGAAAACAUCCUUGGGUUUAUUGCUGCUGACAAUAAAGACAAUGGCACCUGGACCCAGCUGUGGCUUGUCUCUGACUAUCACGAGCACGGCUCACUGUUCGAUUAUCUGAACCGCUACACAGUGACCAUUGAGGGGAUGAUUAAACUGGCCCUGUCUGCAGCCAGUGGUUUGGCACACCUGCAUAUGGAGAUUGUGGGCACUCAGGGGAAGCCUGGAAUUGCUCAUCGAGACUUGAAGUCAAAGAACAUUCUGGUGAAGAAGAAUGGCAUGUGUGCCAUUGCAGACCUGGGCCUAGCUGUCCGUCACGAUGCUGUCACUGACACCAUAGACAUUGCUCCAAAUCAGAGGGUGGGAACCAAACGAUACAUGGCUCCUGAAGUACUUGACGAGACCAUCAACAUGAAGCACUUUGACUCCUUCAAGUGUGCCGAUAUCUACGCCCUCGGGCUUGUCUAUUGGGAGAUUGCUCGGAGGUGCAAUUCUGGAGGAGUCCAUGAAGAGUAUCAACUGCCAUAUUAUGAUUUAGUGCCCUCUGACCCUUCCAUUGAGGAAAUGCGAAAGGUCGUCUGUGACCAGAAGCUACGGCCCAAUGUCCCCAACUGGUGGCAGAGUUAUGAGGCCUUGCGAGUGAUGGGGAAGAUGAUGCGGGAGUGCUGGUACGCCAAUGGUGCUGCCCGCCUGACAGCGCUGCGCAUCAAGAAGACUUUGUCCCAGCUAAGCGUGCAGGAAGACGUGAAGAUUUAAGCUGUUCCUCUGCCUACGCAAAGAACCUGGGCAGUGAGGAUGCCUGCAGCCACCGUGCAAGCGUGGAGGCCUACCUCUUGUUUCUGCCCAGCCCUCUGGCCAGAGCCCUGGUCUGCAAGAGGGACAGAGCCUGGGAGACGCACACUCCCUACUGGGUUUGAGACAGACACUUUUUAUAUUUACCUCCUGAUGGCAUGGAGACUCUGAGAGCAAAUCAUGUAGAUGACUCGAUGCCACAACUCGCACUGCGUGCAGUGGGAAGGACAGAAAGCCCAGUGCAUCUGGCAUGUUGCCAGGAGUGGUGAUGGGUGCUGGGCUCGCCUGGGAGCAGCCCCCAUACCGUGUUGUCCACUGGACUGCAGGUUUCCUCCAGGGACCAGUCAACUGGCAGAUACUGAGAGGAACCGGAAGUGUCCUCCCUUUUACCUGUGGGCAGUCCUGAGCCACGCCAUCCCCUUCUCAUCUGGAGGGACUGCCCCUAGAGACACAACCUGCUGCCUGUCUGUCCAGCCAAGUGCGCAUGUGCCGAGGUGUGUCUCACAUUGUGCCUGGUCCGUGCCUCGCCCGUGUGUGUGUGUGUGUGUGUGUGUGUGUGUGUGUGUGUGUGUAUGUGUGUGUAGGUGUGUGUGAGUGUGUGUGUUAGUGUAGGUGUGUGAGAGUGUGUGUGUAGGUGUGUGAGUGUGGGUGUGUGAGAGUGUGUGUAGGUGUAUGUGAGUGUGUAAGUGUGUGUAGGUGUGUGAGUGUGUAGGUGUGUGAGUGUGUGUAGGUGUGUGUGAGUGUGUGCAGGUGUGUGUGAGUGUGUGUAGAUGUGUGUGUGUACCUGCUUGAGCUUUCUGUGCAUGUGCAGGCCAGGGUGUGGUGGCUGUACUGUCUCUGAGUGAGUGAGGCUGCCUCUCACAGUGAGCAGCAUGUAGUUAACCUGGUACCCUCCUGAGGUGUCUCCUGCCCCCAGCCCCUGUCCUGGAGGUCCUCUUCUCAGCAGGCUGCUUACCCACCCUGUGUCACAGGCCCUCCUCUUCCAUUUCAGACCAGAACCAAAGCUGGCCCACUUGUCCAUGGUAGGAGAAGCUUUUGGGUCAAAAUGAGAGGGACUCGAUGAGCAGAGAAAGAAUGUCUCGCUGGGUUUUGGGUGUUGUGUUUCAGCAUCAGCCAUGAGAAAUGAGCCAGCCCGAGGGCACCGUCCUUAACAGCCUGAGGAAUCCCGAGCCAGAGCUUGGGACUCAGACCGGAAUGUAACAUCUGUUUGUCCCACCCAGACUCUGCAAACUGCAGUGUAUAUUUUUGGUGGUGGUGGCAGUGGUGGGUUUAGGGUGGGGAGGGGUGGGCUGCAGGGCGUGGGGAGGGAGGCUGGGAUGGGAGGAAGGCAUCUGCAUGGGCCGCCUUGUGCUGGAUUUCUGAUCAGGGUAGAGGGAAUGUGAGAGGUUUGCAUCCACUUUAGGGUCCCUACUGAGGAGAGCAGUCUGAGCUGAGUAUGGGGUUUAACCAAGUGUAGUAUUUAAUGGGUUCUAGAAGCCUGGCUGUGGGUGGUGAUUUGGUCAGCAUCUAGGUAUAUAAUAACUUUGAAGCCAUAACUUUUAACUGGAGUGGUUUAUUUUAAUUCAUUUUAUUUUAUUUUAUUUUAGGGGGAGGGUCAGGAUUUUAACUUUAAUAUUGUUAAGUUUUGUAAAAGGAGAACCAUCUCUGCGACAAUUACCUCUUAGUCUGUUUGUUUUUUAAAGAAAUCCCUAAAACAAACAAAACAAAAAUUGUCUAGACUCAGACGCACAUAGUUCAGUCACUGGAAACGCCUGCUCUGCUCCUGAGCCUGAUCCCGCUGAGCAGGAAGGGCCGCAUUUCCCCAUGGGGCUGGCAGCCUUGUACGCCCUGCACACCGACCCCAUCCCACGAGCAGCUCCCCGGCCUGUGCACUGUCCGGCUGGCUGCACCCUUUCCAGACAUUUGCUCAGCAAAUUUGGGUUGUGUGCCUGCUGAGCGCUGGCCUGGGAGGAUCUCCUGAGAGCGGGACAGGCCCGGGCGCUGCUCCUGGAGGGAGAACUGAAUCGUGAGUGGAUGAGCACCCACUUUUGAGACCAGAAGUGCUCAUGGCUGACCCUGAGAACCUUUAUGAGCUCUGUUCUUAAAGACCACUAAGGAACGGGAAGGGGAGCCCCUGGCAAGCGGUGGGGCCUGGAGACUGAAUUCAUCGCCAGGAGCCCUUCCUGCCCCAAGGGAGGCAUGAGUAUGCGCAGGGAAACUGUCUCCCCAUAGUCUCGGUCUUUCUAUUUAUUUCCUGGUGUAUAGCUUCUUUCCUUGCUUUAAAGGGAUCCUCCUUUAAUUCCUUGGGCCAAUUUACUGGCCACUGAACAGUGUCCCUUGAGUCCCAACUGUGUCUUUGGGGGAACCUCUUUACCCACCCCUGCUGACCUCCCACUUCCCACCCUGCAGCUGAGUCUCCGUGAUUACAGGUGGUUGAAUGGUAGAAUCCUCUCUGCCUCUGUUACCUGCCAGCAGCAGCAGCCCCACAGCGACCCCCACACCACCGGACUACUCCCAGGAGACCCUUCUGCCCUCUGUGCAGUUCAGCUCGUCCACCUCUCAGGAAGACUUGAGCAGGUUUGGGGGAAACUCCACUCCCACCCCAUCACUCUACAUUAAGCUGAGAGUUGGGAGAAACUGAAGCUGUGGUUUGGCUCCCUGAGGCCACCCUGAUCCACAGGGCUACCUGCACCUCUGGAUCUGGAUUCAUAGACCAAGUCUAAGCCCGUUCUUAGGUCGCCGUCAAGGCCCCUGAACGGUAUUCUCGGUACUUCUGUUUGUUUUUUGUACAAUUUAUUAGAAAGGACUGUAAAAUAGCCACUUAGACACUUUACCUCUCCAGUAUGCAAGUGUAAAUAUAUUGUAAUAUAGGAAAUUUUUGUUUUAAUAUAAGAACGAGCCUGUCCAGUUUCUGCUGUACAUUAUUAAAGUUUUAUUGACAGA